AUGGUCUCGCCUGUAUCAUUAUUGGAAUCACAGUCCCCCACGCUUUCCUCCCUGUUCACUGACACAUCCUGGCUAGGAGCUCGGCAUGGUGGCCAGUUUCCAGUUUCAUUCGAGAACUAUGAGACAGAUCAAUCGCAAUUCAACGCGACGAUACGGAGUCUGCCUCAUCCUCAGGCCGCCAAGCUGCAAGCACAACUUACGUUUGGCCUCCUUGAAGCGGUGACCGAGGCCAAGCUCACCGAAGGGGACCUCCUCUGCACCGUGACUACCGACAACGAUCCAAUAACAAGUCGCACAGCAAUAACCAGCUAUCAUGUCCCCAGGCUUCUCAGUGACUGGCGUUGUCGCAUUCAAAAACUCAGUGACCGCGAUCAGGCGCACAAGUGGGCUGGUCGAGUACAGACGACGUUCCAGCAGGCGCGGAGACUCCUAGAGACGAAGGUGAUGCAUCCGAAGGGACCGUUCAGCGCCGCGCAGCUCGACCACCGCGCCCACGCGCAGAUCGUUAUGCAAAUUGGCGGUAUCAUAGAAAUGCUGGUUUCGUCAAGCCAUGCUUUUUCCCAAUGGGACGUUCGGCCCCAGGGUUUCUCGUGCUCCUUUCUUCUUGAGCCACAUUCUGUUAUCAGAGAUCACAUGAUGUCGAAGGGCUGGUGUCCGUUUACAAUCAAGAUACUCUCCGAAAGCGUAAGUAUGCUGUCAUAUGCUGCCAUCUGCGAGCCCGUGGUUCGUGAGUCGUCCGAAGACCAUGGGCAAUGCAGUCGGGAGGGCUGUGUGAGGAACAACAUAGCGAACUCUGACGAGUACAGACCGGGGCAGCACGUGAGAAAUCAUUGCCAUUGCCAGAACCUUGCUGCUGGAGAUGAAGUCAAGGCGCUGCUCUGUCAGGGCAAGAUUCCAGUUAUCCAGAAAGGCCCGGCCACGGAAACGUGCUUGCGCCCAGCAGAUGCUGCGACUACGAAGUACGUCGCUAUCUCGCAUGUCUGGGCCGACGGGCUGGGGAGCACUGCUGAAGUAGGCAUUCCCUUGUGCCAAAUCGACAGAAUCUUGGCAAAGACCCGGAUGGAAGUCCACGGUGGGACUUUUUGGAUGGAUUCCCUCUGUGUUCCAAAAGAGAGGCCCCUAAGGAAAAAAGCCAUCGGUUUGAUGGAACGGACAUACAGGGACGCAGCAGCGGUGAUUGUGCUCGACUCAGCUAUUCAAUCCUUAUCGGAAUCAAUGCCGCGAGAGCUGAAAUUGCUGAGAAUUCUGAGCUCGGGAUGGAUGCAGCGGCUAUGGACGCUCCAGGAGGGAGUCUUGGCAAAAACCAUCCUCUUUGCGUUUGUGGACGAACUGGUGCGCUUGGAGAACCUCAUUCCCGGAUACGAUGACCUCGUCAGCAACCCGGUGGCGGCUGAUCUCGCGAGCGAACUGUUCAGAUUGUCCAUGUACAGAGGUGCGACGAUGACAAUUAGUGACAUCUCUUGCGCUCUGCGCUGGCGAACAACCAGGCUGCUCAACGUGCAAGCGUCGACCCUGGUCGAUCUGUCCGCCGAGCAGCGCAUGUCUACUCUGCUCCUGAAAGUUGGCACCAUUCCACACAAUAUCAUUUUUCUCCCUGGCAGCAAGCUCAAGAAGCCCGGCUUCCGGUGGGCUCCAGCGACCUUCAUGGGCGCGAAUUCGCUUAGCCUCAACUUUGGCUCGACAAUGGCCCGUUGCAAAGACACGGGCCUUUGGGCAGAAUAUUUCGCUGCUCAAUUUCCCACAUUGACAGUGGACAGUCAGUCCACAUGGUUAAUCCGGGACGCUUCCACGACCCUGGUCUACAAGGUGGACGAUCUGUCGUCGCAAAUAGACGCCGCAAGGCCUGAUGACCCCGCCAACUAUUGUUGCAACAUUGUAUUAUUGCAGAACGAGCCCCGUCCUUAUCUAAUGACGUACGGUGCAGCCGUCUGUGGAGCCCAGGAGCCAGUUGUGGAUGUCAACGGCCAAGUGGUUUCUGUCCAAGUCUGCGAGUUUCGGAGCCGGAUUGCCUUCCGGCAGAUCUCAGAAGAUGAGUUGCGUCAAGCUACGUCACCCUUGAUCGUAGACGGCAUACUUGGGCAAAUGAGCGUUGUGCUCUCAUAG